AUGGAAACAGUAAAUACAGUUGAAGAUCUUAAUACUUUAAACGUGGGUACUAUGUAUGGAGAAAAUGUUGAUAGUCAAAUUUUAUUUAGUGACAAUAUUAAAACAAACGAUCUAGAUAUUCAAAAUGUUCCUAAUGUAGCGAAUAACACUAAUGAAUUACUUGGUUCUGAAGCAGUAGUUGAAACAUUAUCUGACCAACUUGAUGAAUCGUUAAUUAAUUCUGAUGGCGUAAUUGCCAAUGAAAUCCUAGUGGGGAAUGCUGAAAUUUUAAGCCAAAUAAUUAAAAUAUAUUCGAAAAUGACUGUAAUAAAAAUGAAUAGUAUUAUUUCUAAAUUUGUAGAUGCUAUUAAACCUAUAAUGCAUUAUCCAUUGGCUCACAAUGCCAUAGCCUAUAGUAAAGGAAUAACUGGCAAAUUGGAAAAUAGUCGUAUGCUGCUUCUAAAAUAUAAAGAAGAAUUAGAAAAUCUCCAAAUACUACAAAGGUUAAGAGAACAUACCAUGAAUAUGCAUAUUUGGGAUCACCCUUUUCAAUUAGCAAUGAUAGCAUUUACAGCUUUAAUCAUUAGUUUGUUAUUGCCAAGAAUGUUAAAAAGAAUUAAUAAUAAUAUAAAAUUUCGCAUAACAGGAGCUAAUGAAGAACAUAAAAAUAUAUCAGAAAAAAACGUAGAUAAUAUAGAAGAAUCUGAAAAAUGUAAAGAGGAAUUAUGGGAAUCCUGGAAAUCCGAAUUAGAUUACAAUUUUGAAGAAUUCAAUUCUAAAUUAGAAGAUGAUACAAAAAAAAGGAUUGAGCUUAAAGGUAAAGAAUGGAAUGAGUGGAAAGAAAAUCAUGAAAACAAAUGGAUGCAUUAUAAUGAAAAUUUAGAAAGAGCAUAUAAAAAAAAUAUUCUUACAGAAUCAUCAGGCUUUGAUGAUGAACAAUGGGCAGAAUGGGUAAAAAAAGAAGUUGAAAAAUCCAUGAAUUUAGAAUUCAAAAACUGGUUAUUAAAAAAUAAAUAUAAUAUGGAUAAAUGGGCUAUGCACGAAUGGGAUCAUUGGAAAAAUAAUAUAUUAGAUGAAUGGGUAUCAUCUGAUUGGAAACAUCGUGAAAACAAAUAUUGGAAAAACUGGAAAUAUAUUAAUAAAUGGUUUAUUAAAUUAUAUAAGUCGAAAUUUGAAAAAUUGAAAAAAUGGGAAAAUACACUAGAUAGAGAAACACAUGAAUGGGACGAAUGGAUAGAAAUUAAAGAUUACUUUUUUAUGAAUAAGAAAAGUAACGAGUGGGCAAAAUUUGAAAAUGAUACAACCCAAGAUUAUGAAGAAUGGCGUAAUGAAUUUAUAGACAAACUAAUAAAAGAAAAGAAAUGGAAUGUUUGGAAACAUGAAAAAGAAAAUUAUAAGCCCCAAAAAAGAAAAUUAAAAGAAAAGGAGAAAAAAACGAAUGAACAAAAAAGCGAUUUGAAUAAUUCAUCAUCCAAAAAACCCAAUUCACCAAAUACAGAAAGCAAUGCUUUUAAUUUUGUAUCUAAUUUUUUUAAACAAUGGAAUACUCCAAUUUUCAACUUUAAACCAGAAUAUGGAAGUAGGAAUAAUUUUAAUACUACAAAUAGAUAUUUUAUGGAAUUUAAUAGAAAUGAGAAUAAUUGGAAUACCCAUAAUAAUGAUUGUAAUUUAUUAAAUAAAGCUUGUAAUUUUUGGAAAAAUAUAAAUGGAUUCACGGCCUCACUAAAUGAUAAUUGGAAUCAUCGGGAUUUCCGAAAUACUGAUUUAAAUACUUCAAAUAGGUGGAAUUCGAAAUGGAAUAAUCGAAAUGAACUUCCUAAAUCGUCAUAUGGAAUUAGGAAACGCCUGAAUGCUCAAAAUAUUGAUUACAACCCAAUGGUUGAUAUAUUGAAAUAUAUGGAUACUCAAAGUAAUGAUUAUAACCUACCAAAUAUAAAUUGGAAUCAUUAG